AUGGCAGAGAAGCGACGCUCCCCGUGCACUCUGAGCGUCAAGGCGCACGCGUUCUCGGUGGAAGCUCUGAUCGGGUCGGAGAAGAGACGGAAGCUCGGGGAGGACGACACUAGGGUGUGCUUUCUCGAGGAGGUCACGGAGGUGUUGGAGCUGCCCAGUAACGGAGGGGAGAGAGAGGAGAGGGCGUGCAACCGCGCCAGCGACCGGGGCAGCGAGAUAGAGUGCGUUAGUGACGGCUCGCUGGAGAGCUGUGACGUGCUGUUGGAAAGCCCCCUCCCAGAGGCCCAAGCCCAGCGCGCCCCACCGGUAACAGUAACGGUUCCCGGAGAGGAGAUGCGCGUGGACUUGCAGGGCUCCGACCUGUGGAAACGGUUUCACGAGAUCGGUACAGAGAUGAUAAUCACGAAGGCGGGCAGGCGGAUGUUCCCCGCUAUGCGCGUGAAGAUUUCGGGUCUGGACCCCCACCAGCAGUACUACAUUACCAUGGACAUUAUCCCCGUGGACAACAAACGAUACAGGUACGUGUACCACAGCUCCAAGUGGAUGGUCGCGGGAAAUGCAGACUCCCCAGUGCCGCCGCGUGUAUACAUCCACCCGGACUCUCCGGCUUCCGGUGAAACGUGGAUGCGUCAGGUGAUCAGCUUCGACAAACUCAAACUGACCAAUAACGAACUGGAUGACCAGGGACAUAUCAUCCUCCACUCCAUGCAUAAGUACCAGCCGCGAGUGCAUGUGAUUCAUAAGGAGCGUGGCGAGGAGCUGUCUCAUGUUAAAGCCGUUCCCCAGGGAGACGGCACCAGAACACUCAGCUUCCCAGAGACCACCUUCACCACUGUCACCGCAUACCAGAACCAACAGAUCACCAGGUUGAAGAUUGACAGGAACCCAUUUGCUAAAGGCUUCAGAGACUCAGGCAGAAACCGGAUGGGUCUGGAGGCUCUAGUAGAAUCCUAUGCUUUCUGGCGUCCGUCUCUAAGAUCCCUGACAUUUGAAGACAUCUCUGGAAUUAAGCAAGGAGCCCCAGGGCCCCACGGAGGUGUUGGAUCGCCUCACCUGCUCUCCUCCUCUCCUUGCUCCUCCCCCUUCCAGGUGUGGCCUCUCUCUCCCCCGGACUACACCUGCAGCAGGCCGACACACACACCCCUACAUCGCUACAGUAACCUCCCCGAGCCCUUCCCCUCUCCUACGUCGCGAGGACCGUCAGCCUAUGACAACGAAGGAUUUUGCUCUAUGUCCCUCCCUCCCUCUCAGAUUGGCUAUCUACAAAACUCCGCCCACCAGGGUUACGGAAGUCUCCGCCUCCACUCCCCCCCUUACGGUCUCUACGGUUACGCCUUCCCCCCCUCCCCCCGCCUCGUUGCCAGCCCAGACAAGAUGGCGGCUCCUUCUGCCACUGCAGCCAAUCAGAACGCUUUUCUCGGCUCCUCACCCAGCGGAACCCUGGCGGACAGUCUGGGCAUGCUCAGUGGAGGCCAGCAGGCCAACUUCCUGUUUGACUCUCGGACGCUGGGAAUGGCUGGCAGCCAGUCAGGGGGAGGGGCUUCACAGGUCACUACCCACAUGGGCUGA